UCCCAUUGGCGGUGAGUGAGUCAGUGUGAGAUCAGUCAGAGACUGAGUCAGUUUGAGCGCAGACAGAGACUGAGUCAGUGUGUGAGAGCAGAGCUGAGAGAGAGUGGUAUUUGAUCCGUGUCUUCUUCUCCAACCAACAGGACCAUGAAGCUGUUCCUGACGGCUGUCGCUGCCCUCCUGCCCUUGUGCUUUGGGCUCCAAAAGCCUCAGGUGUUGAGAUUGUUACAAUUGUGGGUGUCAGCGGACGGAGAACUUCCAGAGUACAGUCGUGCUACGAUGUUGGACGAUGUUGAGGUCUAUCACUACGACAGCAACAGUGAGAGAAUUGUCAGUCGGAUUCCCGGUGUAGAGACGGCUGUUAGAGAACAGCGCAUCUUUAUACGUGUAGAGAGGGUGAAGGCAGAUUAUAUGACGGUGAAGGAGAAUAUGUUGUAUAUGAUGAAGAGGAGGAAUAUUACGAGCGGGGCUCACUAUGGCCAGGUGGUAUUUGGCUGUGAGGUGAGGGAGGACGGCACUACAGACGGACACAUCACAGUCGCGUUCGAUGGUGAAGAUUUUCUCAGCUUUGACAAAAACGACCUGAGAUGGAUUUCUGCUGUUCCCGAGGCUCAGACCCUGAGACAGAAACUGGACAACGACAGAGACAUGAAUCAGUAUUGGAAACAGGAACUGGAGAAUGAUUGUCUUAAUCGGAUGGAGGAAUAUUAUCAGUAUUCAAAACCCACCUUCCAGCGACAGAGCCGCCCUGACGUCUCAGUCAGUUACAGGAGGGACGUGGGGGGGAGAGCCCUUCUCUCCUGUCUUGUUACUGGCUUCUAUCCGCGGCCCAUCGAGGUGACCUGGACAAGGGACGGCAACACUGUCCACGAGGUGGAGUCCAGCGGUGUAUUACCCAACCACGACCACACCUUUCAGACAGUGAAGCAGAUGGAGCUGGAGACGGGCUCCGCGGGGGAGCAGGGCUUCUCCUGUCUGGUGGAGCACAGCAGCCUCCAGGGGGUGUUGGAGGUGCCGUGGGAUGGGAAAACAGGGAGAACUCCGGCCGGUUCCACUUCCUGGAUCCUGGGCCUCAUCAUCGGGGCUUUGCUGGUGUCUGGGAUUGUGGGGAUUCUCUUCUGGAAAAGAAAACGAGAGCGAAAAGGACCCGGGACUCACCAGUACAACCGUCCAUCCAGUGAAGAAAGCGGCCAAGUCCCCGAUGAUCAACCGCAG